AUGCGUUACUGCGUUACCUGUAAAGAAACGGUAAAGCGCCAUCCAUCCCUACUUGAGAGUCGUAAGAACAGACUAGAUAUUUCAUUAAUGAGUCAUUCACAUAAAACAGCUGGCGUUUAUUAUUCGCCUACCAAGCUUCGUGACAAACCAUUUUCGGCCACAAUCGUAAACAAAACGUCACAACCAGUCACGGCUAUAGUCUUGUAUACUUGUGACAAAAAUUAUGCUUCGUGUCAAGAUCAAACAUUGCGUAGUAUUAUAAAUGCAAAUGGUGGUGAAUUGCGUGCAAAUGAAGUAUCGUGUGAACAUCAAGGUGUCGGUGUUUAUAAAGAAAUAAAACAAAUUGAGAUUGAAAAACAAGAUUCAGCAAAAAUGGUAUUAUCAGCACCGUUUGAAGGUGGUUCGACAAAUUUGGUAUUCGAAGUUAGCGACAAUGAAAUCAGCGCAAUUCGAAAUAAGCAGUGA